GCGGGACCGGCGGUACCGACCCCGUCGCGGCCCCGCAGCCCCGCCAUGUUCAACGUGGAGAGUCUGGAGCGCGCCGAGCUCGGCGAGAGCCUGCUCACCUGGAUUCAAACAUUUAAUGUAGAGGCACCAUGCCAGACCGUGGAAGAUUUAACGAGUGGGGUUGUGAUGGCCCAGGUUCUUCAAAAAAUUGAUCCAGCUUACUUUGAUGAAAAUUGGCUGAACAGAAUCAAAACAGAAGUAGGAGAUAAUUGGAGGCUAAAGGUAAGCAACCUGAAGAAAAUUUUAAAAGGAAUACUGGAUUACAACCAUGAGAUUCUAGGGCAGCAAAUAAAUGACUUCACUCUUCCUGAUGUUAACCUGAUUGGAGAGCAUGCUGAUGCUGCGGAGCUUGGGAGAAUGCUUCAGCUUAUUUUGGGAUGUGCUGUGAACUGUGAACAGAAGCAAGAGUACAUCCAGACCAUAAUGAUGAUGGAAGAAUCAGUUCAACAUGUUGUCAUGACAGCCAUUCAGGAGUUGAUGAGUAAAGAGUCUCCAGUCUCUGUUGGAAAUGAUGCUUACGUUGACCUUGAUCGGCAGCUGAAGAAAACUACAGAAGAAUUAAAUGAAGCACUUGCAACAAAAGAAGAAAUUGCCCAGAGAUGUCAUGAGUUAGAUAUGCAGGUUGCAGCCCUCCAAGAGGAGAAGAGCAGCCUGCUUGCCGAGAACCAGAUUUUGAUGGAACGUUUAAAUCAAUCUGAUUCCAUUGAAGAUCCUAACAGUCCUGCAGGUCGUAGACACCUGCAGCUGCAGACACAAUUAGAACAGCUCCAAGAGGAAACAUUCAGAUUAGAAGCUGCCAAAGAUGACUAUCGAAUACGCUGUGAGGAGCUGGAGAAGGAAAUUGCAGAAUUGAGGCAACAAACAGAAGAGCUUACUACACUGGCAGAAGAGGCUCAGUCUUUGAAGGAUGAGAUAGAUGUACUCAGGCAUUCUUCUGAUAAAGUAGCCAAAUUAGAAAGCCAGGUAGAGUCAUACAAAAAGAAAUUGGAAGACCUGGGUGAUUUGCGGCGGCAAGUGAAGCUUCUGGAAGAGAAGAAUACGAUGUAUAUGCAAAAUACCGUGAGCUUGGAGGAAGAACUAAGGAAGGCCAACGCAGCACGCAGUCAGCUGGAAACAUACAAGAGACAGGCAGUUGAACUACAAAACAGGUUAUCUGAAGAAUCCAAGAAAGCUGAUAAAUUAGAUUAUGAAUGCAAACGACUGAAAGAAAAAGUAGACAGCCUCCAAAAAGAAAAAGAUAGAUUAAGAACAGAAAGGGAUUCUUUGAAAGAAACUAUUGAAGAACUUAGAUGUGUACAAGCUCAGGAGGGUCAACUCACCACUACAGGAUUGAUGCCUCUGGGAAGACAAGAGCCUUCAGACAGUUUAGCAGCAGAAAUCAUUACUCCUGAAAUAAAGGAGAAACUCAUCCGCCUUCAGCAUGAGAACAAGAUGUUAAAAUUGAACCAAGAAGGUUCUGACAAUGAGAAGAUUGCCUUGUUGCAGAGCCUUCUUGAUGAUGCAAACUUACGGAAGAAUGAACUGGAGACAGAAAACAGAUUGGUAAAUCAGAGACUUCUGGAAGUACAGUCCCAGGUUGAGGAACUACAAAAAUCUUUGCAGGAUCAAGGUUCAAAAGCUGAAGAUUCAGUUCUUCUGAAAAAGAAACUUGAAGAACAUCUUGAGAAGCUCCAUGAAGCUAACAAUGAGCUACAGAAGAAACGAGCUAUUAUUGAAGAUUUGGAACCAAGAUGCAACAACAGUUCACUUAAAAUUGAGGAAUUACAAGAAGCUCUACGGAAAAAGGAGGAGGAAAUGAAGCAAAUGGAAGAACGAUACAAAAAGUAUUUGGAAAAGGCCAAAAGUGUCAUCCGCACAUUAGAUCCUAAACAGAACCAGGGUGCUGCUCCUGAGAUUCAGGCACUGAAAAAUCAGUUGCAGGAGCGGGACAGAAUGUUUCAUUCCCUGGAGAAAGAAUAUGAGAAAACUAAAAGUCAAAGAGAAAUGGAGGAGAAAUUUAUCGUUAGUGCCUGGUACAACAUGGGGAUGACUCUGCAUAAAAAAGCAGCAGAAGACAGACUGGCGAGUACAGGCUCAGGACAGUCCUUCCUGGCUAGACAAAGGCAAGCCACGAGCACAAGGAGAUCUUACCCUGGUCAUGUCCAGCCAGCAACAGCAAGGUAGAGAAGCCUUGCCCUUAGAAAGAAAACUGCCCUGUGAUCCAGGCCACUUCUAUUGCAAGUGAAAACAUUCAAGGAAAAUAAACCAGCAUCCUUUCUCUUUCUCCCUUGUUACUGCUAUUAUUUAACAGUUCAGGAAAGGGUUUUAUUUUGCUUUCUCGUUGCUCUGUAAUGCCCUUUGCUCUUAUUUUUUUGGAGUUAAUUUCUCUCUGCAUUUUCUGAAUGUGCCAAAAUUGUGGAAACAUCUGGAGGAGUGCUGUAUAAUAACAGUCUUAUUUGUAUGAAGCCUGGUCUCUUAGAAAAAACCUCAUGUGGACCUUAUAACAAUGUAGAUUUCUUAUCACAGUUGCUACUUCUGUGCCUGUAAGGGUUGUUAUGCUUUUUAAGACUGUUUUUGUUCAAAGGGAAUUAGCUUUUUAUUUCAACUCCUAUCCUGUUGCUUCAGAAAAGUGCUGAAAUCUCAUUACAGAAAUGCAAAGUUGGAUUAUAAUAUUAUUGUGAAAUAUAUUUCAUACUAAAAAAACUCAUCAAUGCAAAAAAAGAAAGAUUUGGGGUUAUUUUUAAUCUCCUAAGUGCAAAGUUUACUCUUAUUCUUGGCAUUUAGGGAAGCAGGAUGAUCUUUUUCCAGGUUUUUCUUUAUCAACUGGUGUUGCCUCUUUUGCUAGUAGAGAUAAAUAUUUUCAAAUGGUUAUUCCAUUCUUCUUUGUCAAGUGUAUGCUUAAAUACAUAUUCUACAUAGGUGGAGAAGUAUUUAGCAUGUGCUAAUCUGCUACUCUAUCAUCCAUUUUAAAAGGACAUUUGUUUUAAAAUUUUAUGAUUAUGGAUGAACAAUACGUAAUUGAUCAAGGCCCCAGUUAAUAUUGUUAAUGUAUUCCAGUUAUCAUUCCCCACUAAAAGACUUGCUUUUAAUAUAUUGAUUCAGGGUAUAAUUGUAUCAGUUGCCUUACUAAUGGUACCAGUGCCUUCAGGUGAGUUUAUUGCUGACUUUGUUGGAAACUGGCUGUGAUUUGUUGUACUGCCUUUUUAGUGUACAGCUGAUUAAUUGUUGCAGUGCUUUCAUGUUGAUCAGUGGAUGGAGGCUCCUCCUGUUUAGGUUCUGUUCCUACAAAGUUGCGCUUUUUUCCCUGAUCAGUUCUAUGCAUUCCCUAUCAUUUUUGUCAAAGAAUUGAUGGACACAUACAGACACAGAGAACCUGAGCAUUGGCUGGAAGUUUCAUAUUCAUACAACUUGUUGUGAUUCACUUUUAAAUUUGGAGACUGAUUUUAAAUUUAGAUUUGUAUUUUGAGACUAUUUGGACUCUAAUGCACGUGCGGUUGGUUUAUAAAUUUAUUCUUUCAUCUGAUUUUAAUGCCCUUCUAAGUGGAGACAUUUAUUUUUGCAUCAAUCCCCUUAGAGAAAAGAUACUAGCCUUUAUCAAUCAUCUGAAUGUAUGUUUUAAGUCAAAACAUGGGUAGAAUGAGCAAUGGAUAAUUAAAACAAGCACACCUAGAUUAAAGGGUAAUAAACAAGUGAUUGACGUUUUUAGGUACUGUUGUUUUAUCCUCAAGUACAUCAUCUGUUUUAAUCUGGGCUGAGAAAUGCAUUCAGCAUGUGUCUGAAAAAUAUUUUCAGUUCCAGUUACGCCCCUGCCCCCCAUAAAACAGAUGUUGAAUUCUACUUACAGUUUUGUCUUUUAUUCCUCACAUUUGGGAAGAAAUAGUUUUCUAACGAUUUUCUGUACUUAUGCAGUGUAUGACUGGUAUGGGCUGUGCUUACAAAAAUUAGAUGAGACAUUGCAAGUUUCUUGUGUGCAGAAAGUUAACAAUGCAAAGAAAGUUAUGGAUAAUUUCUGUAGCUCAGUGAGGUGAUAUACUCAAUCUGCUGUCUCUUAUUGAGAUACAAAAUGCUCUGUAUACAAAAUGUUAUCUGUAAUUAUCUAGACGAUUACAGUUUGUGUGGGAUAUCUUCUUCUGAUCUUGUUGUGCAAUCGAUUUUAAUAACUUGAAGAACUCUUUACCACAUGCUAUAUGUGAACAGGAGCAAGGCCACUUCUCUGAGGAAAUUAGAUGUUCCUGUUUGAGGUUACAGCAUUUUGUAUCACCCAGAGCAAGAACUUAAGAAUACCUAAAGCUACGUUUUCAUUUUCAUUUUAAUCUAGCUAACUUCUUCUGUUACUAAGCUGCCAAGGGCUAUUUGUGAAAGAAAGGGAUGGAACCAUAAUGGGAAGUUUCAUCAGUUAAUUUUGUCAAUUAAUUUAAUUACUUAAUUGCUGUUAAUUAGGUGUAGGUCUAAAAGAACUUGAACACAAUCAGCACAAUAGAAUAAACGUAAUUGCUUUUAUUAUGUUAAUAUUUGUUUUACUGUUUUGUCUCAAAAGUUUUGAUGACAGGCUAAUGCCCCUGAGGGUUAGGAGAUGAACAGAUGCUGGUUGGAAGCCUUGUCUUAUGCUUUUACUUUCUAGUCUCUCAUAGCUUCUUUUGCUUCUUGGUGGUUGUUGGCUUUUUUCUUCUUCUUUGUGAUUCUGUCUUUCCUUUUCCCUUGAAGACACUGAAGUGUUUUCUAUAGUUCUCUUCAAAAAUAGAUAGGAGCAUUACAUAGCAUCAAAGAGCAACACAAAACUCAUAUUAAAUCUGAGCUUUACUGUUGCUCAUAGUAAUUGUUAUGCAAGUGAACAAUCAAUUUUCUUUGAGAAUUUACAAACUUGCAGAAAUUCUGGUAUUUCCCAGAAUUCGUGUUGAAUAUAAAAUCUACUACAGUCGUACAGAAAUAUACUCGGUUGCUGUGUAGUUCUAGUAAGUCAUUUGUUAUGUCUUCUAUUAGUAAUUAAGAGGAGUUCAGUUCUUUAUUCUUCAGUGCUUUGCUUCUUUAAUUUGCUGCAUACAUCCAUUCUUAAUCUUUGUGUGUGGAUGAAUGCAAGCAGUGAACAUCACUGAACCUUGUCUUUCACAAGAACAGCUUCUUUAUUCAAAGGCUUCACUUUCAUUAUUUUGCUUGCUUGUUAUGUAUCUUUGUAAGCAGUGUAUAUUAAGAAAAAGAAGGAGCUCAGACUGUGACUCCCGGACAUAAACACAUAUAUAGGGGAGUUACCAGUGUAUGUUCUAUUUGUAUUACCUUGAGUAAUAAAAGAAUGUAAGCAGAACCCCCAACCUAUGGAACAGAAUUCUCUCAAUACAUUAGACAAUUCUGAGAAGUUUUUAGGAAUACUUCUUUCCCCUGAGACAAGAAAGACUUUUUACAUCAAAAUUUUGUAGUGGUAAUUAUUAAGCCAGUGCUAUAUCCUGUCCUGAUACACUACAGAGAAAAAACCCUACAAUGGAGCUUAAAGAGAAAAGGUUCUCCAGGUCAGAGAUAAAACAGUUGAGGAGUUCAUUAGAGUAUUUUUCUGGGCACUGUGCUGAGGAUCUGCCAGAAUAAUCUCUCUGACAGAUUUUAAUCGAUCCAAAUAAAAGAAAACAGAUAAAUGGAUAAAUAUUUUCAUAGUUUAGAGCUGAAGCUUAGUUUCUGACCUAAAAGGAUGUGUUCACAUGUGCAGUCCAGUUCAUGUACUUCUGUGGAGAGUUGAAUUUUUAGCAUAGCUGAUGGGACAUUACAGAAAAAAGAAAUUCAAGUUCCCUGUUUUCUUCAUAGCAGCACAUAACCACUUGGAUCAUAACUUGUAUUUUCUAAGUGAAACUGAAGUAAUCUAAUUUAAAUUGUGUAUUCCAUCCACAGUGCAAAGGUAAAUACAUGUCUGGAAUAUAUGACUUUGUGUAUUGCAGAAUGAUAUAAAUAUAAAAUGGCUACAAGAUGCCUUUAAUUUUGUUUGGAAAUAAUCAAAUGGCAGUCUUGUGCUGUUCAGGUGUCACUUGCAUUAGCAGUAAUGUUUCUGCAAGUUUUUUGUGGCUCUCUGUUUUAGAAGGAGCACUGACAUUUUUAUAUGUGUAUGAAAGAAUGAACACUGAAUAUUCCUAUUACUGUUUUAUUAUGAUCUCAAAUAGGAAGUGGUAUGUGUAAGCUGUUGAAAAAAUUUAAAAGCUUUUUGUCAAUUUUAAAGUCCUUGGUAUUUCGACAUGUGCAAGUAGAUUUUGCUUUUCCUGUCUUCUGUAGUUUUUGAGACUGCACACUUAACAGUUUCUUGAAUGAUUAUGCGAGGGUUUAAUUGUCCUGAUGUGUUGGCAUUUUCUGUAGAUUUGGUAGUUGUAAGAUAUUUUAAUGUCACCACUUGAUUUUCUUCUAGUUAGUGAUCUGGAGAAAGACUAUCCUGAAUGUGGCCAACUUUCCUUUUCCUUACGAAGUAAAACAAUAUUUCAGUUUUACUUAUUGUAUAGAGAUUUUUUAUUCUUACCCAACAUAAUGACUUUUUGCAAGGAUUGAUGAGGGAGGUAUUUUUGCACUUAGUCAGCUAUGCAAUACUGACUUCUAAUGGGUUUUUGCACAUGUGUUUUAGGUAGAAUGUGGAUUAUAUAUUUUGCAGUAAGAUUGUAUUGAUAAGCUUCAAUAUCUCCUAACCAAAUUAAGCAGGCAUUUCCCUUACCUGGCAUUGCAUAAAUAAAUAGCUGAAAGGAUUUAUCAGGAUAUACUUCCAAGUGAUGAGGUUUUUUGGAGCAAAUGUCAUAUUCUAGGUAGGAUCCUAGCCAUGCCUCCAGUUUGUCGCUCUUAAGGAAUCAAGAACCUAUCCUGGUAUGGCUGAUUGGAUUAUCUUAUUCCUGUGGUCUUUCUUCCCUGUGGAAGUCCAGAAAAGUAGCAGAAGUUUGUCAGUGAUCCUGCAGGCUAUAACUAAAAAUAAGGUGGGAUUUCUUUGGCUUGAAAAUGGGGAGGCUGAUGCAAGUAACUAGUCAGUACAAAAAUCAGAAGAGCAUUCUUUCACCAUUUUGCAUUUUGGUUUUCAUUUAAAAAAGGUGAAGAACCUGAGCUUAUUGAGCUAGGUUUUCAUCUUUUUAAUUAAAUUUUAUUUUUAAUUGAGUAACUGUUAGAGAUUUUACCCAUGUAUAAGGCAAAUCUGUAAUUAUCAACCACCGCAACCUCAGACUUCUUGUAUCUGGUACAGUGAAACCCUGUAAAUUUUGACUCUGCUUCCAUCUCCAUUAUACCAUUUGGAGGUGCUGAAGACUUAGCUAGCUUCAUCCUUAAAGCUGUUUUUGCUUUGAUCAUAUUUUUGUGUCUUCAUUAAGUUUUUGGGAUGUAAAGUUAAUUUUUAAAAUGCAUUAGCUCAUUGAAUUAGGCAAUGAAUGAAUGUUGAUUGGGGGGCUCUAGGAAACUUGACAAAUCAUCCUGUCCCUUGGGGCAUUGAAACAGCACCUGACAGAGUAGCCAAGACAGCUUCCCAGAUAAAUUGUCCUGGUGUCAGAUUGUAGUCAGUCAGUAGGAACUUGUGCUGACUGCAGUAAUUUAAGUCCUCUUCUGCUGCGGGAUGGUGCUGCUGUCAGCUUCACUGUAGUCCAGAUUCCACCUACACCUUUAGGCCUUGCUAAGUUAGUACAGGACUAUCUUGAAGUAUAUUUCUGCAUUAGUUGGCUCUAGUGGUAAAUCAGGAGUUUGCUGCUGUUUGCUGCACAUGUAAAGUUGUUUGGAAAACUGCAUAUCCUUUAGUCCCCUUUGCAUAUGGUCAGUCAUAUUUUCAGUAAUUUCCAGACUGGAAACAGAUUCCAUUUGUCAAAUAAAAAUGUCUUGUGGCUAUCUUGCUGUUGUGGAUCUCAGAGUCUGAUCCAUACAACAAUAAAAAUACUGUUAGUAGAGGGAAAUACAGGUAAGUUGGGCAGCCUUUUCUUCCUGGUGCUGACUUUAUUCAUUGCUUUGCAUUAGAGAGGUCCUUUGCAAUCAGAUGAGGUGAUUUCAGAAGGAGGAACAUGGUUGUUUUAAUUGUUAAAAAAGCAGACAUUUGUCAGCACUUUGAAGAGCUGCUAACUGCUGUAGCAUGGCACAAAUCUGAAACACUGCAAAAGCGAGUACUUGCACAGGUAUAGAGUAGUUCUGGAAAUGGAAAUUGAAUACCUAAUGAUUAUACCUAACUUGAAAAGAGUUAGCAUAAAGUCCAGUUGUUACUGUUAGAUAGUGUUAGACUGAUCAUGAAAGUGAAUGAAAUUUUAAGAGAAAAUUCCCAGUGGUGUAGUAUUUAUGGAGUUAUAAAAUAGUUGUAAUGAGACCAUCAGACUUUUGAUUUGGAUUUGAAUAUAACAUCAGUUAUAUAAUUUAAAAUAUUGUAAAGCAGAGGUUAUUGUUCACAGCCACAAAAGGUUAGCAAGCUGGAGAGUAAACUUAUUUCCUGGAGGCAUCAGUGGUUUUGAGAGAGAUUUUAAAGUUUUUGUUUACCAGUAUCAAUAAAGUCUUGGAAUAUUUAUAAGUAUUACAUUAUAAAGCCACAAUUUUAAAAAUUUAUAACCUGCUUUGUAUGCUCUUUGUCACUCCUCCCUAGACACAUUGUCUGUGCAUAAACUGUCUCCUUCUAAAGAUGCUGCAGAUGCAGUGACAGGUUAUGCUCAGUGAAUUUACUCACAUCUUGCAUCUCUGUUUUUUUCUAUGUGUUACUGCCUCAACAAGUGGCUUUAAAAUAGAGAAAUUAACAGACAACUAUUUUUAGAACAUGGUAAGAAUUUCUAGUCAGUAAAGAGCAGUAACAAAUGAAUUUUUACGUCCUUGAAAGAUAAUACCAUGUCCUGAGUUUACAAGACCUCUCAGAAGUACUAUUGACUCAGAGAGAAGCCUGAAGCGUCACUUCUGUGUAUGUGCAACGUACACUUGAAGGACACUUGAAGUUCUACUAAAUAGUAACUUUGAGCUAAAUAAUAGCCAGCUUAGACUAAAGGAGUAGAUUAUAUUCAUUUAUACAUGAUAGAAUAGGUACAUGCUUAUGUAGCUUGCACUUUUUUUUUUUUAUGGAAUAACUACAGUGAUCUUCAUGUUAAUCCUGAACUGUGUAACUUUAUGCACCAAGCAGUGCUAAGCAAGCUUAAAAGACAAUGAUUGCUUAAAAUACACACCCUCAAGAUCUUUGAAUGUGUUGAAUGUGUUAAGUUUUUUUUAUUCCAUUUGAUAUGUGUCUCUGUGUUUCUAUUAGUUUUUCAAUUCUGGUUAGUGUUCUGGGUGGAUGAAUGAGAAGGAAAAAAAGAGGGAUACACAAGCUACAGGAUAUGUAGCAUAAAUUCUUCUCUUUUUUAUCUAUUUAACCUGGAUUGUCCCAUCACAAGAAGCAUUCUUAGAAUCAUUUUUGACCAGUGCAAUACAAGGGAGAAGGAAGUGGGGAAACAGGCUCUAAUUUCAGUCUGGUGAAGCCAAUUUACUCUUUGCAAUAUGAAAACAAAAAUGCCCAUUAAUGCUAUGCCAGUGCAGUGUAGGGAGAUGUGUGUUACUUGGGCAAAGUGGAAGCACCGUAGCUGUGUCAGUAAAGCAUUCCAUUCCAGUUACACUGGCCCAGAAAAAGGGUGCAUCAGUGAGGACGGAGAACUGUGCCAGCGUCUCCGAUUCUCUUCCAAACUUAGAUUCCCUUCUGUAGCUUUAUGGAGUGCUCUCUUAACUGCUCGGUGACUCUGACUCGGCUUACUUUAACAAGAACACAUAUCAUUUUCUGGCAAUUCAAACCUGUAUUUGCCUGCAAGGGAUAGAAGUUGCCAGUGCAAUGGGGCAGUGAUGCUGAGCCUCAUGCACCACAGGAUGAGCUCUGAUGAAACUUAAAUGCCUUCAGUGGUGCUCAGAGCUCAGGAGUGUUGUCAUGACUCUGGUUAUCUUUUAGCAUGUAAACACAUGCAGAAUUGGGUGGGCACCUUUCACUUUAUCUUGCUUUAACAGUUGUACUCACAGACAGCAGGAAUGCCUGAGACUUGCUUAUUGCUGUGUAAACUUACGUGCCAUAGCUUUAUUAGUUAAGAAUGGUGCCCUGAAGAAUUUUAUUCAGAAGUGUGUAAAGUUUAAUUACAGCUAAAUUUAGAUAUUGGCCAAGGCUAUUUUGUUGCUUUUUCCAAUUAUUGGCCUGUAACCUUCCUGUUAAUUUAAACAGUUGCUUGGCAAAAGUGUUUUCCCCGUGAAUUUGCACAACUCUUAAGUGGCCUUACUAAACUGCUUUUAAAAAGACCUGUUCUGUUCUCUGUUUUGUUUGGGUUUUUUUCAACGAUAAUAUGUUAUCUGCUUUUUAACUUUCUUCUUUAUUCUUUUAUUUGCAGUGAUGUGGUUGCAUGACCUGCAGCAUUAUUAUAACAGGGACUGUUCAGUGCAUGACUUGCUUUUCUGUCCAGACUGCAUAACCAAAACUUAACCAGUUCUACACUUAAGACUCAUGGCCAUCUGAUUUCAAAGGGGGAUCUACUUGCAGAGAAGCUUACCAUCCUGGGGAGUGGCUUUCCCAUUUCCCACUUCCACUUACUCUUUCUCUUCACAAAAAGUCUCCUAUGAGGCUAGAAGAGAAGAAAUCCUCUAUUCACAACUCAACAGGAGGCGUUCUGCAAACUGACAGAGCACUGUCAGCUCUCCAUCUUACUUCCACCUGUCCACUUUAUUUAAUUCUGAUUAACAGUAUUAACACACAGACUUCCUGCAACAUUUUCAUAUACCGAACUAUAAAAAUCUAGUCUUAAUGAGUUCCCAAAAAAGGCCUUUUGGUUGGAAAUUUUGUUAAAAUUUCAAAGCACCUGCACCCUUAAAGGAUCCAUUUUGAAUCUUUAAACAAAUAAAGUAAAGCGAAGGAGGUGUUUUACCAGGAGAAAUUGCUGCUUGGCGAUCCCAUCUUCCUUAGAAAACCAAGCAAGUUUCAUCUGAUUAUCUCCGAGCCAGGCAAACUACCGGGUGGUAUUUUGUUCACAGGCACUGCCUGCUUCCUUAAUAUGUAUAUACACAGUAGUUUGUGGCUGUUGUAUUUUUCUCUCUACAUUUGAGUGUUGUUGGUUUCUUUCAGAAACAUUUUUUCCAAUCUGUGUAAAAUUGUUAAAACAAUCUGAGGAAAGACCAUGAAUGGAGAUAAGUAUGAAAGUCAUCUACACUUUCAGUAUUAUGCAGACUGUCCUUGCCAGUUUAUAAUUUGGAUCGUUUAUGUUUCAUCUGUACUAUUUUUUUCCUUUCUUUUUUCUUUCUCCUGUCACAGUCUUAGCUAUUUAAUUUCCAAUUGCACUAGCUUGGCUGUUUCUUUGUAUUUUGAAGUUUAGCUAUAAGAUUUGCCAUAUGUAGACAGUGUAACUCAAAAUGCUUUGUACUGCCUAUAUUAAUUUAAAAAGCUGCUUAUUUAAUAUUCCUAAAUAUCUGCACAUUUGUACUACUGUAUCUUUGUUUUGUAUUGGACAUCCAGUACUGGCAAGAUUCAGAAGACGAGGGAGUGCUGUAGUGUUGUAAGUUAAGGGGUUUAUAUUGUAUAAGAGUUAGUACGUAACAAACAGGGAAAGGGGCUUUCAAGCCAUAGGAUUUGCUGGAAAAACUGAAAAGUCUGAAUGCCGAGUACCUUAAGCGGUUUGAUUUAAAUCCAGUUACAGAGAAACCCCGUUUCUUGCUCACCUGGGCCUUAAUCCUGGCAGAAAUAUUGCUAUGAACUCUGCUGCCUCCAGGAAUAGUUUUGUUUAUUUGAGCAGUAGAAGAGCCUCCAGCCCUGUUUGCCGUGGGGGCGCCCCCACGCUGAAGAAGCGUUGUGUCCGCUUGUCUCUGCAGUCGCUCCUGGUCACACACACAGUGCCUGCCGUGUCUCUGGCCCGUCGGGUGGGCUCGGACAGAGCCACGCCCCACGCGCCGAGACGCCCGCUUGUGUCCAGUCCUCAGGGAUCCUGAUCCCACGGUGUCCGUGGCCUUGUGCAGAAUGACAUGGAGAAAGGACAGACGUGUGCCCCACCAGAGAGAGGUGGCCUGCGCCGCCUGGCAAAGGGAUGGGCAGUAAGAAUGGGCUCCAAGCAGGCCAGGCAGCAGAGUGAAGGAUAAAACUAGGAUCCCAGUGAGAGCUGCGGUUGUUUUCCCUUCUGGAUACUGUAUCAGGUACUGAGGCUACCAGGUGCUCUGGCUGACAGGUGUCCGUAAAGGCUUCAGAUGGGGAUAUAUGUCUUGGUCCACAAGGGCCAGGGACAGUGAAGUCUGACGUGACCUGCAGCCAGGAUCUGGGGUUUGGUAAUUACUGCAUGAGUCAAGUACUCGUGCAGCAGAGGCAGCAGCAUUUCAUCAGACUGAGUCCAGCAGAGAGCUGAAGGAUUUGUGUCUUUCCAGGUCCUAGCCAUUGAUCCCUUGUUAUGUGUCAAGGCAAGCGUUACUAGUAAAACUUCUUUUAGUUGAGUGUUAAAGGCAUGUUUUUCAUUUGCAAGUGCUGCUUCGGCAGGGACCACACCCUGCCCCAAGCCAGGCUGGGUGCAGGAUCCCUGAAAUCAGGGCACUGUGCUAGGCAGGAGGGGAUUGCUUUUUUUGUGCACCUGCCACCACAAGUGUCCCAAAGUGAUGCCGAGCAGUACCUCAUUUCUCUAAGUGGUCUGUGCAGAUUAGAGACUAAGUAUCAGUUGUUCUUGAGCCUUGAUGACAUUUGUAUGUAAGUGUGUUUAGCUUGACAAAAGUUGUUUAUUAAUGCAACAGAGAGAUGCCAGGUGGAGCCAGUCAAGGAACUGGCUACUUUGAUUAGCCUGGCAUCUCUGUCAUGAAGUGGUUGUGAGCUCUCAACUCAGAGCUGAUCUCCAGCAUGUCUCUGAUAUACUAACUUCAUUUGUGCUGCCUAGAAAACUCUCUUACCUUCUUAAUAGCAGCUUGUUUGACAGUCCUGAAUUAAAUGUUGAUCAAUUAUCAAAGUAAUAACUGUUUGUGAAGUUGCCAGUGAUAUAUUUUCUGUAAAAGAAUGAAUUCUUAGAGUGUCAAAACAUUAAUUUCCCAUUUCAGUUCAUCUACAAAUUGUGUAACUACCAGAUUGUUAUGGUAGCAAUAUUAAUAUACAUACCUGUAUAUAGACAAAAAAACCUCAUUAAUGAUAAUUGGAAUCAAAAAGUUUAAUAUUUUUUCCCAAUCAAAUACACUAAUGCUUCCAAGGUGAUAGAAGAGUGUACAGUUGUUAAACAAGUUGUAAAUAAACGCUUAUAUAAAAC